CACAGGUUUGCAGUGCUGACCAUCAAAGCCCUGCUGCACCGUCUGCGCUGUGAGAGCGUGUUGGUGGCCAUGGAACGCAAGCGUGGCUGGGACACGCUGCUCAGCGCUGACACCCACCACUACGCGGUGGGUCUGCUGGCCAGGGAGAUGCGCUGUGUCUCCAGCCCCUUGUGUUCCCGCAUCACACUCCACCUGCUGGAGCUGCUGAGCAGGGAGGAGCCCCACUUGGAGCUCCUCACCAUGGCAUUCCUUGUGGAGGUCCUGGACUGCCUGGACAUGAGUGACUGGGGAGGCAGUAUUCUGCAGAGCCUUUCAAGGCACCUCAGGAGCGACUGCCCAGAGAGGCGUCGCCUGGCGCUCCGAGGCCUCCUGGUGCUCAGCCAGGAUCCUGCGAUGGCUGACGGCAUGCAGAGCCUGACACAAAGCUUCACGGAGCUACUGUGGGAUGCAGACGGAGAGCUGGUCUGGAUGGCCCUCACUGUAUGCAUCAAUCAAGUCCAGGACAGAGGCAUCCCAAUCUCCACCCCCACUGCCCUGGAGCUGGCUGAGGCACUCCAGACACUCUUUGGCUACGACAACAUCCACGUGCAGCUGCUCUCCGUUCACCUUUUCCGAAGGGUGUUGAAGCUGGUAGUGGAGGAGGGAAAACAACCCCUGCAGACGCACGUGAUCCAGAGCCUGCUGCCACUCUUCUUCCUCUCGCAUGAUGAGAACGAGCACCUGGCAGACCGUGGGAGGAAUCUUCAUCCAUAUGGAAUUCUGGCAAUUGGACAGCCUAACCCUGACCAAAUCCGUAACCCUAUCCCUAACCCUAACCCUAAACCGAACCAUUACCCAAACCCUAAACUCUAA